AUGUCAUAUCAUUUAUUACAAAAACUUUCGCGUGAUCUUAAUAAAAUUUUUGAGACAAAAGCUUAUUAUGAUGUUAUUAUACGUGUAGGAGAUAAUACUGAAACAAAAGAAUUUCAAGCUCACUCUCUUAUUCUUCGAGCAAGAGUACCUUAUUUUCAUCAGUAUUUACAAAGUGACCAAGCAAAACAAGAAUAUGAUAAAAUUGUAAUUACAAAUCAUACUAUUUCUCCCGCAAUUUUUGAAAUUAUUCUAAAAUAUAUUUAUACAGGUAGACUCGAAUUUUUUAAUUGUGUUGGAAAGCAAGCACUUGAGUUACUUUUUGCAGCGGAUGAUCUUGGACUUGAAGAAGCAUUAGGUCAAAUUCAAGAAUAUUUGAUUUAUCAACAAAAAGAUUGGAUGGAUAAAAAUUUUUAUAUUUAUCAUAGAUCAAUUUAUAGUAGAAAAUCUUUUAGUUCCUUACAAAAUCAUUUUACGACAAGAAUUUCAUCUAAUCCUUUAGAAGUAUUUGAAUCACCUGAAAGUUUUAAUCCAAUGAUUUUAUCUUCACUUGAUGAAGUUGGAUGUUUGAAAUUAAAUGAAAAUACUUGGGGUUUUAUUGUUAAUUGGGCAAAAUUACAAAUUCCUACUUUAACUACUCAAGUUACAAAAUGGAAUAAAAGUGAUUGGGAAGAAUUUAAACAAACUUUAAGUCCAUGUAUUCCAUGGAAAAAUUGGAAAUUUGAUCAUGCUACUUCUGAUAGUUUUAUAUUUCAUUUUGAUUCUAAUGUAUCCGAUUUAACAAGACUUGAUAGAUUUGCUAUUCAAAGAAGAACUGGAUAUGGUCCUUGUUUUGGUGCUGAAGAAAGUAAAUAA